UCUUUGCUCGCCAACCGGCGAUUCAGUGUGCGGCGUCGCACCCUACAAAUUUUCAACAACUGGAUCAGCGUGACAGCAUCGCACACAUCGCCACUACGCGAUUGCACAAACCCGCUAGCGUGUGCCAGCCCUAAACCCUCUCUUCCAGUGCAUUCGCUGAUAGCGUCUGAAUUAUUGGGAGGGCAACUGUCAUUUCUGUGUACGGUUGUCUUUUUUUCCGCACAAAGCCAUAUUAUUUGCCUUUCAUCGAAAAUUGAAGUAUCGUUGAAUCGUACCGUAACAGGCCCGCGAGCGGCGUGGUAUGGCUAGUGCAGUGAUUUCGUCUCUCGUAGUUUGAGGAUUGUUGAGUGGUGCUCAGCCCCUUACUCCUCCCUCUCCCCUUCCGUGAAAAGUGAUUGCUCUCUAUUGCUCCCAAUUUUUCAAUCAGCUUUGCGGCAAACAAUCAAUCAGGGCGAGAUGUCUGGCAACAACCCGUCACCCGGCUAUUCUGACUCGGGAUGUUACUAUUUGUGCGUUUGUUGCCGACCUGCGCCGCCAGGGAAGCGCAUCGACGAGGAGGAGCUAGUCCCAGACUCUACAACAACAGAAGAGGCCCUCAAAGAAGUCGAUGAAGAAUCCUUUGGUGAAGAAGCUGUAGAGGAUGGUGUGGAGAUAGAAGAAGGCGAAACGGCGCCUUCUUCAGCGGGAGCAGAGGUGACGAGAGAGGCGGCGGCAGACGGCCCGACGGUCCGUACUAGAGUUGUAACUAAGAAGAGAGCGAAGGUUCACCCAAAGAGCGCAGUCAAAAGCCAGCCGAAGCUGUUCACGGGUUCUGCUGCGGGGACCCCCCCACCCCCUCCUGAGGCCUGUACGGGUCCUCUCCCGGAGCCGGCAGAACCGACAGCUCCACUCGGUAUGGGAGUGUAUCUUGUGUAUGCUACUGAAAAUGGCGGUACCAUGUACAUGAAGUGGAGCAACACGCCUUUAUCCGGUCCAGGUGUGCUGGCAUAUAUCGAGCCGAAAAAGGAAGUUGGCGCGUUCAAGUUCCAGAAGAAGGAUGGUGUUCAACAUAUUUGCGGCGGCCUUGAGAAAGAUAUGCAAAGCAGUUUUGUCGCCGACAGAAAAAAGUACUACGACGGAUGGGCCACGUUCUUGAAGCAGAUGGAUGCCGCGGACGGCACACUGGUUCUUCUUCCGGCAACGACCCUACAACCGCCUCCGAAAGUGAAGGUGGCUGUGUAUUCGCAAAAGAAGAUUCGUAUCUUGGAACCCGACACACCUCUUGAAAAGGCAGGUGUGGAGUUGAUGGCCGUUGUUCCCGACACUUUCGUGAAAUUUGACGUCCCAACGAUGGAAGUCUCAGAGUUUGUUGCAUUCGCGAACAACGUCGGGUCGCUCAUCAGCUUUGUCCCAGCUAAGAAGUGAACUUUUCAUACGAAUAAAUAAACAAUCUUUGACAGUGUUUUAGGUUUUACUAUAUAGCACGUACAUGCCACCAGUGUCGUUGUCGUUCGGCGUCGAGUCAGGUGUGUUGUCUCUGUUCCCCUUGGCGUUUAGAGUGGCAUCCUUCUUCGGCAGUGAAGAGUCCGGAACGAAUUUUUGCUUACUAUGUCACACAGCUGUCUGCACGUUCAGGAACAGUUAGCAAGUGACCGUUACAUAUGCGGAUUCCCUUCCUCGACCCGUUAGUGCUCCAUUAAACGUGGUGGGGACUCGAAUACUGGGUGUGUGAUUUGCUGACAUGGUCUCGAGCGUCAAAAUGACCCCCUGUGGGCGUGCUCGCAUUUAUGUCAUCGUGUUGACCCCGCCUCGUUCUGUAGCUUUUAUCUAGGGAGCUCCAGGUUUCUUAUCGAGUCUCCACCUCCGGUGGACACCCGGCAUCCUUCCACUAAUAUAUCUCUAUGAGUACUACGCUGUAUGUUGUGGCAGAGUCGCAGCAGUCGUGGCGUCGUUGUGUUGAACUCAACUGUGUAACUAAUCAAGCACAGGUCCUUGGUACAUGUAGCCGCUGUGCCACUUAGCAGCGGGAACUUUUUGCUCGAAACAACAUGAUGAGUGAGCUUCUGUGUAUUAGUCAAACUCGACGUUGGCUUUGAUAAGCCCUUAUCCUUUGACACGCUGUGAAAGCGGUUGUGGGAGGAAACAAGAGCUACGGCAUCGAUCACACAUUUUGAAUUUUGUAUUGGCUAACUUGUGUCUUCACUAUGGCUAGUGGCGUUAUCGGUGCUAGCCCUGUGGAGGCGGUUUGCUUCUUCCCUCUAUAUCUACAGCGCACCACACCGGGGGAACUCCAAGUUGAGCGGACUAUCGUCUCUCGCUCCAGAGACUUUUAUCGUCAGCUACGUGAUACACUAUGGACAUUCAGCAGAAAUAACAUC